AUGGAUGCCGUCUUCCGAGUUGCGACCCUCCGGUCUACAUCUGACAUUCGCUACUGGCUGAAGGGGCGUGGGGGGGGAGGGGAGGAGGGCGAAGUUGCCGUCUCAGCCAGCUUGGCAGUCUUUAGCUCUGGAUCGGUAUUUCCAAAACGGGCUACCUGGACACUCGAAACCGGGUGGGUGGUUCUGGUUCGUCCAUCGUCGGUGUAG